AUGACUUCGGAGUUGGAAAUUGAUGAAGAGAAUGAUAACAAAGGUAAUAUGUGGGAUAUGGAUCAGAAACUUGACCAAUCGAUGGACGAGGAAGCAGGAAAGCUCAGAAAUAUGUAUAGAGAAAAAAAGUUUUCUGCACUGUUGGUUAUACGGCUCGCAUAUCAGAGUCUCGGUGUGGUUUAUGGAGAUUUGGGAACUUCUCCAUUAUACGUUUUUUAUAACACGUUUCCUCAUGGAGUUAAAGAUCCAGAGGAUGUGAUUGGAGCUCUUUCGUUGAUCAUUUACUCGCUUACUCUUGUGCCGCUGCUCAAAUAUGUUUUUAUUGUGUUACGAGCAAACGACAAUGGUCAAGGUGGAACACUGGCUCUUUAUUCCUUGCUCUGCCGACAUGCGAAUAUAAAAAUCAUUCCCAACCAGCAUCGCACGGAUGAAGAGUUAACAACAUAUAGCCGGACUACAAUCCACGAAAGGUCGUUUGCUGCGAAAACCCAAAGAUGGUUAGAGAGAGGAUUUAUUAAAAGUAUCAUUCUUAUUCUUGUCCUUGUUGGUACCUGCAUGGUGAUUGGAGAUGGUAUUCUUACUCCGGCUAUAUCUGUUUUAUCUGCUGCUGGUGGCAUCAGAGUAAACAAACCUGAAAUCCAUAGCGGAGUAGUUGUGAUUGUUGCGGUUGUAAUAUUAGUUGGCCUAUUUAGCAUGCAACAUUAUGGUACAGAUAAAGUUGGUUGGCUCUUUGCUCCAAUUGUUCUGGUUUGGUUUCUGCUAAUAGGAGGCAUCGGUAUAUACAACAUUUGGAGAUUCGGUGGCAGAGUCCUAAAAGCCUUUUCGCCUGUCUAUGUGUAUCGGUAUAUAAGAAACGGAAGAAAAGAUAGCUGGCUUUCCCUUGGCGGCAUCUUGCUCAGCAUAACUGGGACAGAAGCUCUUUUUGCCGACUUAGCCAAUUUUCCAGUCUCAUCGGUACAAAUUGCGUUUACUCUUGUUGUGUUUCCUUGCCUUCUUUUAGCCUAUUCUGGACAGGCGGCUUAUCUGAUACACAACUUGCAUCAUUCACAAGAUGUUUUUUAUCGUUCAAUUCCAGACAAAAUAUAUUGGCCAGUAUUUGUUAUUGCAACACUAGCAGCAAUAGUUGCAAGCCAGGCUACAAUAACAGCAACCUUUUCAAUCAUUAAGCAAGCCCUUGCUCAUGGCUGUUUUCCAAGAGUCAAAGUUGUUCAUACAUCGAAAAAGUUCCUUGGCCAGAUAUAUAUUCCAGAUAUCAAUUGGAUCCUUAUGAUCCUUUGCAUUGCUGUUACUGCCGGCUUUAAAAAUCAAAGUCAGAUCGGAAAUGCAUAUGGCACUGCUGUUGUGUUAGUCAUGUUGGUUACAACACUACUGAUGAUUUUGGUCAUGAUAUUAGUUUGGCACUGCCAUUGGAUUCUUGUUGUUGUGUUUACUGGCUUAUCAUUGAUUGUGGAAUGCACAUACUUUUCUGCUGUACUCUUCAAAGUCGAUCAAGGCGGCUGGGCCCCGCUUGCAAUUGCCGGAGUGUUUCUGCUUGUUAUGUAUAUUUGGCAUUACGGUACACUGAAGCGUUACGAGUUUGAAUUGCAUAGUAAAGUCUCAAUGGCAUGGAUUCUUGGUCUCGGUCCCAGUUUAGGACUAGUUCGUGUCCCAGGAGUCGGCCUAGUCUACACAGAACUCGCAAGUGGAGUUCCCCACAUAUUUUCUCAUUUUAUUACCAACCUACCAGCCAUCCAUUCUGUCGUUGUUUUCGUCUGUGUGAAAUAUCUUCCUGUCUACACCGUCCCGGAAGAAGAACGGUUCCUUGUCAAGCGCAUUGGACCAAAGAACUACCACAUUUUUCGAUGCGUGGCGCGAUAUGGAUAUAAAGACCUGCAUAAGAAAGACGAUGAUUUUGAGAAGAAACUCUUUCACAACCUUUUCAUGUUUGUUCGACUUGAGUCCAUGAUGGAAGGUUGCUCGGAUUCAGAAUACAGCUUAUGUGAACCGCAAACCGAACAGACGAGAGAUUUCACGUUGAAUAACAACGGAAACACAAAUUCAUUGAGUAACGGGGAUUUAACAAUCUCAUCAGUCGACUCAAUAGUUCCUGCAAGAUCGCCAUCACACGUAAACGUUACUUUUCAAUCCUCAAGCCAUUACACUGAGGGUGAUGAAUAUGAAUUUUUAAACAACUGCAGAGAAGCUGGUGUUGUUCAUAUUCUAGGAAACACAGUUGUAGUUGCUAGUAGAGAUUCAAGAUUCUACAAGAAAAUAGCAGUUGAUUAUAUAUAUGCAUUUCUUAGAAAGAUAUGCAGGGAAAAUAGUGUGAUCUUCAAUAUUCCUCAUGAGAGUCUCUUAAAUGUUGGCCAAGUUUUCUAUGUAUAG